AUGGCGGUUGGAAUCAUAGCCAGGCAGAGGGCACUUGUCCUGACACACGACCUCGAGAUUUCGUGGGCGGAGACGGGAAAAUGUCCGGCGUGUUUUGGGGACACCUGUGAACUUCUCCACCGGGGACACUUCCAGAACGUGCAUUCAGACAGGCCGUUGAAGAAAGGUGCAGUUUCCAUCGGGACUGUGGACGGUAAAACGGUUAUUGCUAAAAUUCUGGGUGAGGAACAUGUAUGGCAGAGGUUUCUACAAGAAGUGAAACAGCUGUUUGUCAAAAGCGAGAGAACAGGAGUAGACAGGCGAGAGAACAGGAGUAGACAGGGUCGGACGCGCGUUUCUCGCCACGUCACUUCUCCUCAACGAGGAUCGGUUUUACUCCGAUAUUUCACUACAAAGUCUACAACACCUUGGCCUUUUCCAAAGUCUUACGGGGCUUGCGGCAGAGUUAUUUUGGUGGAACAUGCAGGGAGGACGCUAGACACCUUCAUGGACUUCCCCUGGGGAGUUCGAGCUGGCAUUGCAGUACAGUUGUUACAACUAGUGGACACUCUUCGCGGAAAGGACCCGGACUGGGUCCUGUUUUUAACAGACGUGUCUUUCCAAAACUUUGCAGUCGACAGCCGCGGACGGGUUAGACUGAUAGACUUGGAUGAUGUGAUGGUGAUCGACCGGAGAACGGUCGUCAGUCAUGAACUGACGGAGAUGUGCAACGAGCAGUGUUACGUGGACUUCCAGAACAAACUAUUCAACGACCCGUAUCACUGUCAGGACAUUCUAAGGUACACUCCAAUGAUGUAUGCCAGCAUAUGUGCCCGAAUUUUGUCUAACCACCUGAAAUAUCCUGAGCGACGCAACUGGGGGGAAAGCAGUGAAGCAAACGAAGAACAAAGUACGGAAGAUAAAGUUGAGGAGCCCCUCAAAGGCCUUCUACACGACCCUCCUGGUGAAAUUAACGGUCCGCUAGAGGACGCCCUUAGACAGUGUGUUCAGGAGACUCAACCUGGAGGUCGACUGAACGCUGUCUUGACACUGCAGCAACUCUUAAAGUUAAAGAAGACGUAGUCUAGAAUCGUUGUAAUAAAAUUUCCUUACAAUAUGGGCAGGAAGGGGACUGUGAUUUCUGACUCCUCUGAUUUCCUUGUGUAUCUCAUCAGCUGGAUCCUCAUCAACGUGAAGUGACCCAACGGUCGUAUUACGAGGCCACCACUAUGUAAAAAACGACUCCUAAGAUAGUUUCUUUCGCCUCCUACAAGAGACCUAAUGGGUCAUAUCUCCAAGACUCUGAUCAAAUGGAAUAUUUUACUUUUGCUGAAAACUAUGGGAAUUUAAGGAUCACAGUGACUGCUGUCGACGCGGAUCAAAUUAUAAGUGCACUAUAGAGAAACAGAUCCAGAAGACCAUUUUUUAUCAUAAUCAAGUCAUAAUCCAUAAAGUAAUUGAAAAAAAUGUCUUAGGCCCUCAUCCAUCGGAGGUAAACGGACCUGCAGACGAUUGUAGUUCCGUUUACCUGGUAGUUCGCUGUAUUAUCCACGCGUAUUUCUACGUAGGCCGACCGUCUGUGCAUAUAUAAGUACACUUACUGAGCUUCAUAUUCCAAUUCAUAUAACCUGAAAGUCAGCUUAUUCGUCUAUUGUAUAGGCAAGG